GAUGAUUGUUUAGCAGAGGAGACAACCAGCAGGAACAUCUGUGUGUUCCUGGUGGCCACGUACACGGAUGGGCAGCCCCCGGAGAGCGCGGCCUGGUUCUGCAAGUGGUUGGAAGAGGCAGCCAACGAUUUCCGUGUUGGGAAAACCCACCUGAAGGGGCUCAGAUACGCCGUGUUUGGCCUGGGGAACUCGGUGUAUGUGGAUCAUUACAACACAGUUGGCAGGAGGAUGGACAGGUGGCUGUGGAUGCUCGGUGCCAGCCGUGUGAUGACCCGCGCCGAGGGCGACUGCAACGUGGCACAGAGCAGGCACGGCAGCGUCGAGGGCGACUUCGAGGCCUGGAAAGCCAAACUCCUCACUCGGCUCCAGGCCCUCUGCAGAGGAGAGAAGAAGCCCUGCAGCGGGAAGUGCAAGAAAGGGAAGUGCAAAUCUCCAGGGAAGCAGAGCAGGGAGAGCUCGGAUCACGAACGCGGGGCAUCGGAGCACGAGAAUACUGAGGCAGAGGAAUUGUUUGAAACCAGUAGUGAGGAGGAAGCUGAUGCUGAGGAAGCUGGAGGCACCAAUUCUAUCAUUGAUGUUGAAGAUCUUGGCAAUAUCAUGGGCCACAUGAAGAAAGCAAAGAGAGAACAUGAGCUCCAGGAAGGAGAUGUUGGAAGGAGAGAGAACCCUGGGAAGAAGGAUGAGGAGGAGGAGGAGAAGAGGGAGAUGAUAACGCCGGCCCUGAGGGACGCGCUCACGAAACAAGGUUACAAACUCAUUGGGAGCCAUUCCGGGGUGAAGCUCUGCCGGUGGACAAAGUCGAUGCUCCGGGGCCGAGGGGGCUGCUACAAACACACCUUCUAUGGGAUCGAGAGCCACCGCUGCAUGGAGGCCACCCCCAGCCUGGCCUGUGCCAACAAGUGUGUCUUCUGCUGGAGACACCACACCAACCCCGUGGGCACAGAGUGGCGCUGGAAGAUGGACCAGCCGGAGCUGAUCCUGCAGGAGGCCAUUGAGAACCAUCAGAACAUGAUCAAGCAGUUCAGAGGUGUGUCAGGGGUGAAGGCAGCUCGCUUUGAGGAGGCCCUGACAGUGAAACACUGUGCUCUGUCCCUGGUGGGGGAGCCCAUCAUGUACCCCCAGAUCAACCGCUUCGUGAGGCUCCUGCACCAGCACAGCAUCUCCAGCUUCCUGGUGACCAAUGCACAGUUCCCAGAGGAGAUCAGGAGCCUGGAGCCAGUGACCCAGCUGUAUGUCAGUGUGGAUGCCAGCACCAGGGAGAGCCUGAGGAGAAUCGACAGACCCCUCUUCAAGGACUUCUGGCAGAGGUUUCUGGACAGUUUAAAGGCCUUGGCUGAAAAGGAGCAGCGCACGGUUUACAGGCUGACCCUGGUGAAAGCUUGGAAUGUGGAUGAACUCAAAGCUUAUGCUGAGCUGAUAUCCCUUGGAAAACCAGACUUCAUCGAGGUCAAGGUGAGCUGCCUGGAGCUGUUCCCUUUUUUCCAUCGUUUUUUUUCCAGUUUUUAAGUCCCCAUUUCCCCCCCUCUUUAGUCUUCAGCUUUCUGAGUAAAACUCUCCU